AUGACCGUCUUUCUCUCUCUCUCUCUCUCUCUCUCCCUCUCUCUCCCUCUCUCCCUCUCCAUCUUUCAGACCAAUGGUCAACAGAUCCAAAACCUUCAAACAUAUCAACUCAACAAAUCGACUUUUCAACCUAUCAACCUCCCUAUGACCUCGGAGAUAAGUCGGAACGCUAGUGGUGUAUCGGAAACAGUGGUGAACACGGUGGAACCCUACCGAGCUCCUUACCCUUCUCAGCAACCCACUGGGAAGAGGAAGGCAGCUGGGAUGAGCAGAGGUGGUAAGAUCGGGCGACCUCGCCUUGGGCGUGGCGGGUCGACGAGGCGUGUGGAGGGUCGGGAGGAGGAGGAGGAGGAGGAGGAGGAGGAGGAGGAGGAGGAGGAGGAGGAGGAGCAAGAAACGCAGCAAGGGCGGCAGGAGCAGGACCAGCAGCAGGAGAACCCACGACACAAGGGGAAAGGGAAGGAGAAAGAGAUGGGGAAAGAAACAGAGGACGAGGACGAGGAGGACAACGACAACUGGGAAGUGGAAAUUGUUCGACAUCAUCAUGAACCCUUUCCUCCUCCAUCCACAGAUGGUUUUCAUCCUGAUCAGUUCUCCCCCGGUAUCGGACCCAGCAGAAGAUCCAAAUCGUUCGAGUGGGCCAUCACUACUCCUCCUACUGCUCUACUACCUCUUCCCCUUGUUCCUAGUCAGAUUCAGGCUCAAAAUGUAGACAAGCAGGCUCGGACGGAACAAGAUCAGAGACCGGCGCCGACCGACGCCGACGGCGAUGUGACGACGGAAACUCAUGAGGCCGACACUCUCACUCUCGCUCACAACCUGGCCAUCAUGUCUCUGUACACUCCUUCUGGCCCCCACACCCUUUGCUCGUUGUUCAUAGCGCUCAACGACCUUGAUUCAAGUUUUGAUAAUGACCCUGUCAAGGAAAUUGUCAACUAUAGUCAUCGGCGUCAUCUCACUAUCAGCCAGCGACUUGCUUUGGUCAAAGAGCUGACCAGCCCUUUCGCAGAGUUGGAAUCGAUGGAUGUGGUAGCGAUCGACCGUGCAGACCUAGAAGCCAAGUCAAUCGCAGGUCAGUUAGCAACCUUUGCCUCCGAGUGUCAAGCCAGGAGAAACGUAAAGGUAGAAAAGGAAAUGGCGAGGUUAAAGGGUCAACUCGAGCUUUUUCAAGGUCGGAGUGACGAGCUAGAGAUCCAAGUGGACCGUUUGAAGGUUGAAAAAGAUGCCUGUCAACAGAAGCUGAAGGAGACGGAUGGACAGUUGAAAAAGACGUGUGCAAAGUUGAAGAAAAGUCAGAUUCGAAGUGGCCAUCUCUCACACAAGCUUUCCGGUAUCGUCGAGAUACUCCAAGGGGAGGAUUCUCCGUCAUCGCCUAGUGGGAGUUCAAACGCAGAGUGA